AUGACGUCCACCAGCUCUGGAUGGGCGCAGCUUCGCCAACAAGCGCGGUCGCUUGAGACUCAAACCGAGAACCUUUUCCACAACUAUGCACAAUUUGCAUCGCUCACAAAGCCUCCUCCUGAACCCACAGAGGAGGAGCUACGAGUCGAGUCCCAGUUGAAAGACCUCCUGGAACGUCGUGAUUCACUCAUCUCCCAACUAUCUCGCCUCCUCGACUCCGAAGCUACCCUUACCUCAUCCGCUCUAAAACAGAAUAACCUCUCUCGCCACCGUGAAAUCCUCCAAGACCACCGCCGCGAGCUUCAGCGACUAGCUUCUGCUAUCUCCGACUCUCGUAAUCGCGCCAACCUUCUAUCCAAUGUCCGCUCUGAUAUCGAUGCCUAUCGCGCAUCCAAUCCCAGCGCAGCCGAAGCCGAAUAUAUGCUCGAGGAGCGCGGCCGAGUCGAGAACAGCCAUAACAUGAUGGACGGAGUGCUCAGCCAAGCCUAUGCUAUCAACGAGAACUUCGGGAUCCAGCGCGAGACUAUUGCCAGUAUCAAUCGGCGCAUUGUCGGUGCAGCGAGCCACGUGCCAGGAAUGAACUAUCUAAUUGGGAAGAUCGGAACCAAGAAGAGGCGGGAUGCCAUUAUCCUGGGAUGCUUCAUCGGAUUUUGCUUCUUCAUGCUGCUCUUCUUUCACUAG